AUGUCAAGUAUAGCGGCAGCUGGGACCCCAGUGGUAGUUUUUGACAAUGGCUCUGGGCAGUGCAAGGCCGGGCUGUCAGGGGAGCAGGCACCCCGUUCAGUUAUUCCUACCAUUGUGGGGUACCCCAAAUUCACGUUUGUCAUGAUUGGGAUGGAGCACAGGGACUGGUAUGUUGGGGAGGAGGCUCAGUCCAAAAGAGGCAUUUUGUCUUUAACUUACCCAAUGGAAAACGGAAUGGUGACAUCUUGGGACAACAUGGAGAAGAUCUGGAGAUACCUGUACGAACACGAGCUCAGAGUGAAACCCAGCGAGGGGCCGCUGCUGCUGACCGAGACCCCCCUCAACCCCCCGUCCCACCGAGAGAAGAUGGCUGAGCUCAUGUUUGAGAGCUUCCAGGUGCCUGCGCUCUACGUGGCCCUGCAGGGGCUGGCAGCCCUCCAUGCCUGCGCCCGAACCACCGGCAUGGUGCUGGACAGUGGAGACGGCGUCACCGUCACCGUCCCCAUCCAUGGAGGCAGCUGCCUGCUGCAGGGUGUUACCAGGCUGGAUUUUGCAGGCAGAGGGGUCACCAAGUACCUGGCCAGGCUCCUCCUGGAGACGGGGCACUCCUUUGUGAGCCCAACAGAGAAGGAGAUAGUCAGGGAUAUGAAGGAGAAGCUGUGCUACGUCGCUUUAGAUCCUAUUAAAAAAAUGCAGCAAAAGCCUGAAAAUCUGAUGUGCGAGUACAUGCUGCCUGAUGGAAGGACUGUCAAGGCAGGAGAUCAGCUGUUCCGAGCUCCUGAGGCGCUUUUUGCACCUGCAGAGGUGCAAAUCCAAGGAGCAGGGGUGGUGGGGAUGAUCCUGCAGAGCGCUGCCAGGUGCUGCGCUCACAUCCAGACGGACGUGCUGAGGAACGUGGUGCUCGUGGGCGGCUCCACUCUUUUCCGAGGUUUCAAGGAGAGGCUCCUGAAGGAGCUCCAGGCAAAGGUCCCCAGCACAACCCGCAUCAAGAUCAUCUCGCCAAAAAAUCGGGUGCACUCCGUGUGGGUCGGCGCCUCGUUGCUCGCCAACUUAACAUCGCUUCGCAACAUGUGGGUGAGCAGGGAAGACUACAGCGAAGUCGGACCAACGGUACUCCAGAGAAGAUUCUAUUGA